AUGGCUAUUCCUCAUGAAUCAAGUGAAGCUUCCUAUUUGCUGCCUCCAAACAAGGAGGACUGGGAAGAGCGUGGCAUUCCUGACUUUGUCUAUGGGCAGGAGGAACUCCUGGCUGAAGGGAUUCAGUGGCCCAGGAACACAGCUGAUGUUCUGAGGGCUCUGCCACUGUCUCGCUUUGACUUUGCAAUCUGCUCCGCCUGGAGGCAGCGGAUGGAGCUGGGCCUGUUUCGCUACCACCUGGGGGAACUGCAGACCCAAAUCCUCCCUGGUGCUGUGGGUUUUGUGGCUCAGCUGAAUGUGGAGCGAGGGAUACAGAGAAGGCGCCCCCAGAGCAUUAGGAGUGUGAGGCAGGCGUAUGAUCCAGAACAGUUUAACUUCAACAAGAUCCGACCAGGAGAAAUCCUCUUUCGUCUGCACCGGGAGCCCAAUCCAGAUGGUGCUCUCCAGCAAGAGGAUAUCCUUGUGAUGAUCAAUGUCAGCCCCUUGGAGUGGGGCCACGUGCUGCUGGUUCCCGAGCCUACUCGGGGGCUCCCCCAGCGCCUGCUGCCAGGUGCACUGCGGGCUGGGGUUGAGGCUGUGCUGCUGAGUCUGCACCCAGGCUUCCGUGUUGGCUUCAACAGCCUGGGCGGCUUGGCUUCAGUAAACCACCUGCACCUGCACGGCUAUUACCUCGCCCACAGACUACCUGUGGAGGGGGCACCAAGUGAGCCCCUGGACCCUAGAGGCCAUCUCUAUCUGCUCCAGGCCCUCCCAGCUCCUGGCUUCCUUUUUUACACUAGCAACCCGGGACCUGAUUUGGAAGCCUUAGUAAGCAGGGUUUGUCGGGCCACAGACUACCUGACUGACCAUGAGAUUGCACAUAACUUAUUUGUGACCCGGGGAGCCCCACCUGGAGAGACAUCACCUUCCUCAGCCCUCACAGGGGUCCGCGUCAUUCUCUGGGCCCGAAAGUCCAGCUUUGGGAUAAAGGAAGGUGAGGCUUUCAACGUUGCCCUCUGUGAGCUGGCUGGGCACCUCCCUGUCAAAACAUCCCAGGAUUUCACCAGCCUGACAGAGGCGGCUGCUCUGAUCCUUAUCCAGAACUGUCUGCUGCCUCCAGCCCAGACAGAAGAGGUCCGGGCAGCACUGGUGGCCCUGGUGGCCCAGGAGAAGCAGUAA